GGGCACAAAGACCAAGCUGUCCAUCACCAGGGGCUGAUUGGAGCGUGAGGAAGAUGGUGAAACAGGAUACUCCCCGCCGCACCCUAUCCAGGAGUUCCAAACGGAACUCUCAGAUCUCCAGCCUGAAGGACCUGACUCUGUUGGACAGGACCAAGUCAGAGUCCAAAGCGGACGCUGCCCCGGGCGCCCUCCCGGUGUUUCCCCCAGACGGAGAGGUGGGCUGGAGGGGCUUUCCUGACCGGGUGUACGUCCUUGCCGCUGCCAUCUUCCAGAACACCCACGUGGUGAAGUCCGCGGCCCACCGCCUCAUCAGCUUUGGCAAGAAGACCAGCGGCCCCAUGCCCGAGGCCAAAGACAAUGUGACGCAGCGCUGUGCCUAUGAGCUCGCCUUCAACGCCCUCAAAUAUCAAGAGCUGCUGGAGGACAUCAUGAUUGACAGCUGCUUUUACCUCUCUCAGCCAAUGCCUGAUGACUUGAUGAGUCUGGUGGCGGUCAUGCUCUAUGACUUCCAGGACAGGAAGUUCCUUCCCCGCGAGUGUCCAGCCAAUCAGAGGGAAGAGCCCAAGGCGGAGGUCAGGGAGGUGGAGAAGUGCCUGCUCAAGUUUAAGACAAAGCUGGCGGCCUCGCUGGCGCGCUGCAGGAUCAAACACGACCUGCUGACCAUCGACUGCAUCCUGCCCGACAGCGUCAGGAGGAGGCAGGAGAAGGCCGGCAGCCAGCCCCUCUACGCCUGGGUCAACACGCUCAAGACAAGCCUGUCCGAGGUGCUGGACGCGCUGAAGAGGGAGGGCUUUGCGCAGGUGAAAUCGCCCGGGCAGCUGGACGGCCAGACCUUCUGUCAGGACCCGCACUGCCAGGACCUGCUGGCGUUCCCCCCGCAGCAGAAGGCCGGGCCGCACCGGACCAAGCUGCUCGGCCAGCACAAGCUCAUCGCGCAGGACAAGUCCUGCUGCGUGGGCCCGUGGCUGGCCGGGGGCCUGUUGGCGGCGGAGGGGGACGUCCUCAUGGCCGGCGCCCCGUCCGUCCUGACGGUGGCCCACGUGGCGGCCGUCGUGGCCCUCGGGCCCCGGGGCCCUGGCCUCAGCAGCAGCAGCAGCAGCGGCAGUAUCAGCUCCAGUGGGCCGUGCAGAGUGUACGUCUGCGGAGGAGACCUCCAGCCUGGACACAGAGAGGAGCUGCAGGAGAGCCUCAACAACAUGGGCUGCAGGAAUGUGAAGGUUCUCCCCGAGGCCUUCCAGGCUCUGGAUGUGAGUGACUUGCGUGUGCAGAGGACCCAGCUCAUCCUGCUGACGCCCCAGUGCUCGGUCUCUGCCGUGUGCAACCCUGUGGGCUACCUGCUGCAGGAGAACGGAGACACGGAGCUCCUCCAAGACCUAUCCCAAGGUUCCAUCGGCCAAGCUAAGAUCGAUGCCCUGGUGGCCCGGCAGAGUAAGGACUUGAAGCACGCCCUCAGAUUCCCCAGAGUCCAGUCGGUAGUUUACUGCACCUGUUCGGUGUACCCAGAGGAGAACGAGGAGCUGGUGAGCCGAGUGCUGGCAGCAGGACAAGAGGAUCAGGACAGACCGCCCUUCAGGCCAAACUCGGCAGUGCUGCCCCAGCAGAUGUGUGUGGGUGAGGUGGAGGAGCGGCAGGAGAGGGGAAGCGGCUACUUCAAACUGGAGCCCUCCGAGGAGAGCAACGGCUGCUUCAUCGCUGUGCUGACCAGAGAGGUGGAGCCGGAGGCGACGGAGACGGCCCAGGAGGUGCUGGCGCGCGCCGCCGCCAAGGGCCUGCUGGACGGCCUCCAGACCGAGCGGCCGCCCAAGAAGGAACGGCGUGCCCGGCAACCCCACCCCCAACACCCCCACCACUACCAAGGCCGCUCCUCCCACCCCCACCCCCACCCGCGGCCGCACGGCUCCGUGAGCAGCCAGUCGCGCGUCUCCGACUUCCUCGGCCGCCAGACGAAGGCGAGCCACUCUGCGCCUGCGGUGGGGAGCUACGGCAGCAAGAGCGCGCUGGCCUCCGGAGGUAAAAUCAAACUGCCAUCCCAGCAGCGGCAGCCUAAAAGUGUGCCAGCCAGCAGAGGCUCGUCUGUGCCCACGGUGUCCAGCUCCCUACGCAAGCCCAUGGGCCGCACCACCAGCACCGCUGCCUCCUCCAACUCCUCCUUCAACUCCUCCUCCAACUCUUUCUCCAAGAUCUCCUCCAACUCCUCCUCCAAGAUCUCCUCCAACAACUCCUUCAACAUCUCCUCCAAGUUCUCCUCCAACUCUUCCUCCAAGAUCUCCUCCAACACCUCCUUCAACAUCUCCUCCAAGAUCUCCUCCAACUCCUCCUCCAAGAUCUCCUCCACCACAAACACCUCCACCUUCACCUUUCUCCCCGGCCACCUCCUUGCUCUUCCCCCUCCCCCUGCUCCCCCUGCUCCCCCCUCGUCCACCGCCCCUCCCAAAGGUCGUCAGGAGGUGCUGCGCCCCAUGGCGCUGCUGCUGCCCCCGGCCAUCUUCCCCGGCUGCCC